AAUUCUGUGUUUUAUAAAGAAUUUUUGUCUGUCCUCUGCUCUCACGUCUCUGCGGAUUUUCUUGCCAUUAUUCGCAGAAACGAAGAUCCCUCUCUCAAAAGAGUUUGAAGAAUUCUUCACGUGAAAGCUUCUUCAAGAUUUUGUUUCUUUGCAUAAGUAGAUCGUUGCAAGUUCAUUGGUGUUGGUAGUUCUUCUUUUGGUAAUUCAUUUAUUUACGGUUGUUUCAGCAAUUUUGGAGAGUGUAUGAUCAGAGAUUAAGGAUGUUAGGAGAUUUCAUCACCAGAUUUCUUGUGUUGCUUUUUGGAUAUGCAUACCCAGCAUUUGAAUGUUUCAAAUCUGUGGAGAAGAACAACGUGGAUAUUGAAGAAAUUAGAUUCUGGUGUCAAUAUUGGAUCAUUAUUGCUCUUGUAACGGUUUGUGAGAGGAUAGGAGACAUAUUUCUUUCAUGGUUGCCAAUGUAUGGUGAAGUGAAGCUGGCAUUUUUUAUCUACUUAUGGCAUCCAAAAACAAAGGGAACUGGCUAUAUCUAUGACACCUUGUUGAGGCCUUUGGUAGCAAGGCAUGAAACGGAUAUCGAAAGGAAGCUACAGGAGACGAAGGCUAGAGGUUGGGACUUUGCCAUCUACUACUGGAAUAUCUGCGCAGAACUGGGGCAAACUAAAUUCUUUGAAGCUCUGCAAUACUUGGCGCGUCAGUCAGGAAAGUUUACAAACGAUAACAGUGAGAAGAGCAAUGGCGAUGAACCUAGUGCUACGUCUCCAAAUGAGUUACCAUCAUUGGCCAAGAAUACUAGCGAGAACUCCAAGUCGCCACCAAGACCACCGACACCGCCUGGCAGCAGCACAAUCAACCGAGAAGUUGCUGGAUCACCAAAAUCCAAACGAGUACAAGUCCACCUCAAUGAGGAAACAGAAUCUGUUACCGCAAUGGACACGAACAACUCGACUGACCUUGAUUCUAAUGUCAAUGAAAAGCUCCACCAAUUUCGUAUGAGGCUACGAAGAUCAAAACCAAUGCAACAAUGAAAGAAAAAUGUAUUAAAAGAAAAACUGUACUAAGAAACAAACUCGCAAAAAAA